CGAUAUUGAGGCAAAAUGCCGUGACCUACUAGCCGAUUUAUCUAGGUCUUGUUCGCUUCUUUGCUGAUAAACUCGUGUUUUUUAUUUGAGUGAAGAAUGGGCUCACCCUAGUGUACCCCAAGCUGCGCGGAUCACGAGCGAGACUCACCCGCUAACACUUUCACCCUGGAGCAGUCUUCUGCAGCGCGCACAGGGUAUGCAGCCACGACUGACUGCUCAGCGUGCCAUCGAGGAAUAUACAAAGUUGAACUUACUUUUUGCAGGCUGCUUCUGUAAAGUACAAACACUGGGUCUAAAUUUAUUGACCGCUUCAGUUUAAGUAUUAAACUUUUAGAGACUGCGUUUGAUAGGAUGGAUACGCGGAGGCUUGUGCCAAGAAGUCUCCUGCUUGCAGUGGUGGUGCUUUUAUGGGAUUCUACUUUGGCUUCUGAAAUGCAAGUGAUUGACAUGCUGGAGCUGCACGAUGCCAAGCAUAUUGCGUCCGCAGUGGGGAAGAUGACAGUAGCCAUGGAAAGUGUGUCGGACCUAUACCUGGUCUCCACUCUCCGCCUACCACCCAAACUAGGAGGGAUGCUACUGGGCCUGUAUAACAAGGAAGACAAUAGGAAGUACCUGGAGGUGGCCCUCAUGGGCAAGGUCAACAAGGUUCUGGUGCGCUACAUCCGGGAGGAUGGGAAACUCCACACUGUGAAUCUUCAGAACCCCGGCCUCUCCGAUGGACGCACCCAGUCCAUCAUCCUUCGGGUGGCUGGGCUCCAAAGAAACCACCUCCACCUGGAGCUCUAUGUCAACUGCCGAUUGGCCGACUCGGCACAGGGCUUGCCAUCAUUGGUCAAAUUACCGGUGGAGGCGGAGGCCGUGGAAGUUCGUAAUGGACAAAAGGCGUAUACCAGACUUCAGGGUACAGUGGACACUCUUAAGAUGGCUCUUGGUGGCUCAUUGGCCAAAGCAGGAUUACUGACAGACUGCCCUUUCCAGGGAGAUAAAUCUUUUCAAAAUUCAGUGAGUACAGAUGUGAAUGCUAUUCUUGGUGACCACACCAAGGCUCUGAUUGGCCAGCUUAUUAUCUUCAACCAGAUAUUGGGAGAGCUCCGAGAGGACAUCAGAGAACAGGUGAAGGAGAUGUCCCUAAUCAGAAACACCAUUCUAGAAUGCCAGGCUUGUGGUUUCCAUGAGCCCCACUCUCGCUGCGAGCCAAACCCAUGUUAUAAGGGCGUAUCCUGCACAGAGACCCGUGAGUAUCCAGGGUACCGCUGUGGCUCCUGCCCUGAUGGCAUGAAGGGGAACGGAACCCACUGUCAGGACAUCGAUGAGUGUGCUCUGGCCCAGCCAUGUUUCCGGCCAGAGGGGUGUGUGAACACUGCCAAGGGCUUCACCUGUGAGCCCUGCCCCCCCGGGUACUCAGGACCCUUCCUUAGUGGUGUGGGAGUGGACUUUGCCAAGAGUCACAAGCAGGAAUGCAGAGACAUGGAUGAGUGCGCAGAUCUGUCAAAUGCCUGCGUUCCCAACUCUGUCUGCAUCAACACUGAGGGCUCCUUCAGGUGUGGCGAGUGUAAGGAGGGCUUCGUGGGCAACCAAUCAACAGGCUGCUUCCUGCGACGCUCCUGCUCCGCCUUAAGCUUCGACCCCUGCGACGUCAACGCCCACUGUGUCAUGGAGCGCCACAGCGAAGUCUCCUGCCAGUGUAACGUGGGAUGGGCCGGCAAUGGGAACACGUGUGGCCCAGACACCGACAUCGACGGCUUCCCCGACGAGUCUCUGCCCUGCAUAGACAACGACAUCCACUGCAGAGCCGACAACUGUGUCAACACUCCCAACUCUGGCCAGGAGGAUGCCGAUGGGGACGGCAUCGGUGACCAGUGUGACGAAGACGCGGACGGGGACGGCAUCAAAAAUGUGGAGGACAACUGUCGCCUGGUCCCUAACAAGGACCAGCAGAACUCAGACACAGACUCAUACGGUGACGCAUGUGACAACUGUCCCAAUGUCCCCAAUGGCAGCCAGAAGGACACGGAUGGCAACGGAGCCGGGGACACUUGUGACAAUGACAUUGACGGGGACGGCAUCCCUAACGUUCUGGACAACUGUCCCAAGCUGCCUAACCCCAUGCAGACGGACCAUGAUGGGGAUGGAGUUGGGGAUGUUUGCGACAGCUGUCCAGAUGUCAACGACCCCAUGCAGUCAGACGUGGAUAACGAUUUGGUGGGAGAUGUGUGCGACACCAACCAGGACAUGGAUGGAGAUGGACACCAGGACACCAGGGAUAACUGCCCAGACAUGCCCAACAGCUCCCAGUUGGAUUCUGACAACGACGGAAUUGGUGACGAAUGUGACGAUGAUGACGACAAUGAUGGCAUUCCUGAUGUUCACCCUCCCGGGCCUGACAACUGUCGCCUCAUCCCAAACCCCAGACAGACAGACACUGACGGAAACGGGGUUGGGGACAUGUGCGAGACGGACUUUGAUAACGAUUCGGUGAAUGACUUCAUUGACGUGUGUCCGGAGAGUGCUGAGGUCACGCUGACUGACUUCAGAGCUUUUCAGACGGUCAUCCUUGACCCAGAGGGUGACACCCAAAUAGACCCCAACUGGAUAGUGCUCAAUAAGGGCAUGGAGAUUGUUCAGACUAUGAACAGUGACCCUGGUUUGGCUAUAGGCUACACAGCCUUCAAUGGCGUAGACUUUGAAGGGACAUUCCACAUCAACACGGCUACUGAUGAUGACUACGUGGGCUUCAUCUUUGGCUACCAAGACUCGUCCUCCUUCUACGUGGUGAUGUGGAAGCAGACAGAGCAGACCUACUGGCAGUCACUACCCUUCAGGGCCAUGGCCCAGCCUGGCCUGCAGCUAAAGGCCAUGAAGUCUAGCACAGGCCCAGGUGAGUACCUGCGGAAUGCCCUGUGGCACACAGGUGACACCCCGGGCGAGGUCACCCUGCUGUGGAAGGACCCUCGUAACGUGGGCUGGAGGGACAAGACUUCCUACCGCUGGCAUCUCAACCAUCGCCCACAGGUGGGCUACAUCAGAGUGAGGUUGUAUGAAGGGAUGACUCUGGUGGCAGACUCCGGGGUGGUGAUUGACACCUCCAUGAAGGGUGGAAGACUGGGCGCGUUCUGUUUCUCUCAGGAACAGGUCAUCUGGUCCAACCUGGGGUAUCGCUGCAAUGAUACUGUGCCUGAUGAUUAUCAGUUAUACCGCAAGCAGAUCAACAUCAAGGUGUGACGUUAGCACAGCAUUCGACCUGAAAGACUACACAACAUCACUGGUGCCUUUGCUGGAUCUUUGUGUAUGUGUGUGUGUGUGUUUGUGUAGAUGUUAGAGAGAGGUUGGCGAGAGCAGUUGAAUUACCUAAAAUAUGCUUGAUAGAUUUUUGGAGGUGUAAAUGGAGGAACAUAACACAUCCACAUUUUGGACAUUUGUAACUGAAAAAGUGUCAAAUCACACACCUUGUAUACAUGGAUGAAUGAAUGCAAAUGGAUCGUGUGUGCGUGCCUGUGUUUGCGUGUAUGCAAACAUCCUUCUGACACUGUUAAGGCUGUAACACAGAUGUUACCCUUGAACAUAAACUCAGUGAUGACCAACCCAUGAAAUGCUUGUCUGUAAGACACCUUUUUAUAGUAAUAAAAACUACU